GUUUUCUUCUCUGCAGUCCAAAGAAUCAGCAUGAGUUCCAAGGAAUCUUCGUUUCCUGGACCAGAAUAAAAUUUAGUAUAAAUAACAAGCGCCUGAGCCCCUUCAAGACUCUUCAGCCUGCUCUGCGGUCACCAUGAAGUAUAUUUCACAACUCUUUUUGGCAGCACUGCCAUGGCUGCUCUUGCUGUUCUUUAACAAGGGGUUUUGUGUGCAGAGAGUUGAUUGCCAGUGGGGGGCUUUUGGGGAUUGGUCAGAGUGCGAUGGCUGCACCAAAUUACAGACCAGAAGCCGAGCCAUGGCUGUCUUUGCUCAGUUUGGUGGAAACCCUUGCAGUGGUGAGCGGACUGAGACAAGGGCAUGUGAAACCACGAAAGACUGCCCCCUUGAGGAUGGAUGUGGAGAUAGAUUUCGCUGUGGAUCAGGGAAGUGCAUUAGUCGGUCUCUAAUGUGUAAUGGAGAUGUGGACUGUGAGGGAGAUGCCCUUGAUGAACGAGUCUGUGAAAUCCAAAAAUACAUCACAUGCCCACGAUCAAAUCCACCACCUAACACUAAUCUUCUGGGUCUUGGGUUUGAUGCAGCAACGGGUGCAUGGAGGGCCAGUGUUAUCAACACGCAGAGUUUUGGGGGGCUGUGUCGUGUACUCUUCAGCGGGGUCCACAGUACCUUCUACAGACUGCCCUUUAGUACUAUCAAAUACUCCUUUCUGGUUACUGUUCAGAAUGACUUCAGCGACGAGGAGUACACCAGUAAAUGGCACUAUGCCAAGGACACUGUCGAGAGAGGAACCGUGACAGGGACCACGACAGGAUAUAAAAACUACGACUUUCAUCAAACAGAGGACAGUACACAGACCCGCAAGCUUGUGGUUUUAAAGAACGACAUCGAGGUGGCUCAGUUCCAAAGUAACUCUCCUCAGUAUAUCCCGAUUUCUGAGGAGUUUUGGAAAGCACUGGCCAAACUCCCAUCCGUCUACGACUACGCUGCUUACAGGAAAGUUCUGGAAAGGUUUGGGACACACUACGUGUCUGAAGGAAGCCUUGGAGGACACUUCAGCGUCAUCGCCAGUGUUGAUGCAGGAAGUGAACAACAAACGGUCAGUGAAAGCCAGCAGUACAAUGAGUGUGAAAAGACCAAACGCUGGAUUCUUUUCAUCCCCUUCACAAGGGUGAACUGCCAGAGUGGUCAAAAUUCACGCUCAUCUUCAUCUUCUAGUUCAAGGGCCAGUGAAGUGAAUAAAGUCGAAGCGUUUGGUGGAGGCAUUGAGUACAUCGCAGCUCUGCAGAGACUGCACCUCAAUGAUCAACAAAAGAACUGGGAGAUGUACUCAAACUGGGCUGACUCUGUGCGAUCAUUUCCAGAGGUCAUCAAAAAAAAGCUGCGUCCUCUGUCAGAGCUGGUGAAGGAGGUUCAGUGUGCCGGUGUGAAGAGGCUUUACCUUCGCAGGGCCAUAGAGCAGUACCUCUCUGAGAGCGACCCCUGCAACUGCCGGCCCUGCAGAAACAAUGGCUUGGCUGUCAUGGAUGGAUAUCAGUGCAAGUGCAUCUGUAAGCCGGGGACGUCAGGACAGGCCUGCGAGGAGGGGACAGAGGUGGAGAGUCAGCAGGGAGUAAUCCAUGGCAGUUGGGCGUGCUGGUCCGCAUGGUCAUCAUGCUCUGGUGGUCGACGGUCAAGAAGUCGCUCAUGCUCUAACCCCAGCCCUCAGAACGGAGGACAACACUGCACUGGGGAGACCACUGAGACAUCCGACUGUGAGGACCAAGACCUGCAAUACCUAAGAACAAUGGAGCCUCAGUGCUUUGAUUUAACUCUCCCAGCGAGCCAGAAAUGUGGAGUCCCACCUGCUCUGGUCAAUGGCUACAUCCUGGAUCCUAAAGACGUUUACCUUGUGGACAGCAGAGUUGAGUACACAUGUGAUAGCGGUUUCUACCUGAUUGGCAGAAGCAUUCGAGAGUGUACUGCUGAUCUGACCUGGUCCCCUGGGCCUGGAGUGUGCACAACUUGGAGGUGCACACUUGAGUCCCUCGCUGAAGAUGUUAUCGCUGAUCAGUCAGGACCAAACUUCUACUUGGGGGAGGUGGUCACCUUGUCGUGUCCAGCAGGGAAACAGCUGAUUGGAGAGGAAAGAAUUACAUGUGACUCCAGCAGAAAUUUUUCACCUGACCCUGCUGACAUCAGAUGCAUUCCGAUGCGUCAAGUCCGUAUGCAACAACUAGUCUCUCCAUCGGUGGUAUGCAACCCAUGGGAGAAGUCUGUCAGAGGAAAAUGUGUUUGCAAAAUGCCAUUUGAGUGCGGAUCAUCCUUGGAGUUGUGUGCUACCAAACCUAUGAGUGGGAAAUCAGUCCUUCUGAAUGUGUGCAAAAUGCACGUACUGCAGUGUAUGGGGAAGAAUCACACAAUAGAAGAGGACAGCGUCUGCAAGUGGCCAGAGCGAAACACAACAGGCUGUACGCAUUGUCACAUGUGGGAGACCUGUGAUGAUGAAAUCAACGAGUGCCGCUGCAAGGACUCUGCACAUUGCAUGAGCCCAGGUUUUAAUGUAUGUGUCCGCGUGGGAGAGGAUGACACUGCAGCGGCUCAGACCAUGAGCGAGUGUGAGGCGGGGCUGCGGAGAUGCAAAGGAGAAAAGGUGUCCGUUGUCAGUGUUCUGCCUUGUGAUGCCUGAGGACGGACAACUAUACCUUUUCACCUGUGAUAGUAUCUCUUUAAUUCACCGACUCAGUCCCAUUUUAACUAUUACCCCAACCCUGUUUUUGAGUGCCCACUUCAACCCUUGAAACAUUGUUACAAGGGGUAGUGGUAAAAUCUCAUCCUUGGGAAUUGGACAAGCCUUCAAGUUCCUUAUGCAUCAAAAGAAGUCAUUGACAACAUUUCACUUACAAAAACCACCGCAGUGAAAAAAAAAAAAAGGUUUUAAACAGUUUAAAAAUUGAGAUGAUUAUAUGGUUUGGGUAUAAGGGUUGAGGUUAAGGGUCGAGGGAUAGUGGGAUGCAGGGAGGAAUUCUUGAGGAAUAAAGCAAGCAAGAGGCAGUGCCUAUAAAGGUUAUUCACCCCCUUAGAUAUUGAACACUUUUAUUUAUUUUAUAAAUCAGUAAAGGUCAAAAUAAUUUCGCUUUAAGGUCCAAUGGUAGCCAGGAAUACUGCUUAACCAGUGACUCAAUCUUCCAAACAAAGGUGUCUAUACUACAAUAACUUGAGACACAUUCACCUCACCUCACUCAGGUGAUCCUCAUUUCACUAAUUAUGAGACUUCUAGCACCAAUUGGCUGGACCUCUGUUGAACUAGGCCAGUAAUUUUAAAGAGAGUGAAUAUUUAAGGGGUCACUUAUUUUACCUUACAUAUUUUUCAUUUAAUUGACAUAACUGUUUUCACUCUGAUGUUAAAGAGUUUCUUUUUUUGUAUUUUCUUGUAAAAAAAAGACAGCUAAAUUAUAUUGAUUAUGAUUGAUUUAUAGAAUCAAUAAAAGGCUAAAACAUUCAAGGGGGUAAAAACUUUUUAUAGGGGCUAAGAUGAAGAGAUGGUGUUGGGCUUUCAUGGGCUGGGGAUUUGAGGCUCAAGUUGGUGGCAUUGGUUGUGGUGUGAGGUGGAUGAUCGACUGGUUUGAACUGAUGAUUGCCAAGGAAGUUGGAGGAAUAAAGACUUUGAUGGAGGAGUCAGAUUGUCAGACUGGUGACCGCUGAUGUUGGUACGAUGCGAGGGAACCUGAACCAAGUUUAUAAAACUAUCUUUAUGUAAACGGAUGCAACAAUGUUACUGAACAUUUCUACUAUGAGCAGUUUGUAUGCUUCUUCACAGUAAAGGACUAUAAUACAGCAAAAUAAUAUGAAAUUGCAAUAUUAAAUGGCUGUCUUGAUUCUCAAAUUUAAUUUACCGAAAACUACUUACACUUGUACACUUCUUUUAAUGCUUGAGCAGCGAUCUUGCUGAUGAUUUUAAGGGCAUUCUGGGAGAUUUCACAAAACAUUUCGUUACGAAUUUGUCUCUGGAAAAUCUCUCUUUGAAGGGUCAGGCCACCCCACAAUUGGGAUACCCUACCCCUUGGUAUGAGCUGCAAAAAGUAAGGAAAAGUCUAAAGCUGGAGGUAUACUUGCAUUUGCUUCUGGCUGCAUCAUGAGCACUUUAUAUGUAAUGUGUGUUAGUGGAGGACACCACUAGAGGGCACAAGAGAGCGCUCAAGCAGACAUACAACUCCUAGAUGUGUGGGAUGUAAACUACAAACAGGGAGACACUGAGGAUGUUACUAUGAUGUUAAUUCUGAGAUCAGAACUUACAUAAGAUUCACAUCAAUUGUUGAUGGCAACAUCAGAUCAGCUCAGACUGAUGACUGCUGGUCAGACUACAGCGUCUACACGUUAUUUUUUACAGUAUUCAUACAGUUGUAGAAGUAACAUCCCUGGUGUGUUGAUUUAGUAAGUAACUGUGUUAAAUUGUGACUUUCAGCCAACUGUGUUUGUAGAUAUGCUGGUUAGAAAAAGACUGAUCCUUUGUGUAGAUUGUGGAUAUUAUGUCCAAAUACCCUUAUCAGAUAUGCAGCAAAUGAAAAAUAAACACAUACGAACACA